CGCAUAGCACAGUCGUGCGCGUACGACCGAUGCCUCUCGAUCUCCUAUUCUAUUUCAACCUGCUGCGCCGGCGCCACAAUCACAAUGGUGUUAAUAGUGUUUGUGUACUCGAUUCUAGUCAGUCUUAGCUUAGGACAAAUGUUAGGGACCUGUGCUAAUUGUGCUAAUGCCGAUCUGAGCGUAGAAGAGUUGAUGGAUGCUAGGAUACAGUUUGUGAAGCAACAGAUAUUGAAAAAGUUGCGGUUGAGUAAGAAGCCGGCGGUCGCGAUGCCGGUGAACUCCCUGCCCAUGCCGGUCGCACAGGGACAGACUCUGAGCCAGGGCAGUGACAAGCCACCUGAGUUCGACGACUAUUACGGCAGAACUGAACAGAAGAUCAUAUUUCCAACGGAAGGAGAAUGCUUGACUUCAGGGCGAUACCCCUUCACCUGUUUGCAGUUUGAACUACCACCAGAUGUGGAACCUGAAGAGGUUACUGUUGUAGAGCUGUGGUUUUAUAAGGAAAAGGACCCGCUAGACGAAUACAACCAGACAUUCGUGAUCUCCGAAGCGGCCCACUGGGACUCACAGCAGCAGUUCAAGAAAACCAAGCCAAUCGCCAUCAAGGAGACGGAUAUAGGCGAAGGCUGGGUGCGUGUGGAGCUGGCGUGGGCGGUGCGUGUCUGGCUCGAGGGCCGCGAGCGGCUGCACACGCUGCAUGUAGCCUGCAGAACUUGUCAGUUACGCAAACCACCUCUAUCAUUCCAAAAGAAACACCGUCCGUUCCUCGUCCUGUACACCAAAUACGCCGGCAAGAGACGCCGAGGGAGGGCUUUGGAAUGCGGCCCGAAGACCACGGAGUGUUGUAGAGAACCUCUAUACGUGAGCUUCAAAGACCUGGGCUGGGACGACUGGAUCAUCCGGCCCGCUGGUUACCACGCCUACUUCUGCAAAGGAAAUUGUGCUGCCAUCUCCAGCGUUACUCAUACCAAUAGUAACCAUCAUAAUUUUAUUAGGAAAUACUUCUACUCAUUAUCCGAGGAACGCAAAGCGGAAUUCAGGCCGUGCUGUGCACCGACCACUUUCAGCUCACUGCAGCUUCUCUACAUGGAGUCAAAUGACACCAUAACCCAGAAGACUUUACCAAACAUGGUGGUAGAGUCGUGUGGCUGUAUGUGACCUUGAAGUUUUUGUGAUGGUAGACAAUUUAGCUUCGUGUUUCGAAGGUUGAAGUGUAAUAAAAUGACAAAAUGUGUUGGCCCAAGAAGAAAGUGAGUUGGUUAGAAUGCCGCAAGCAGGGAAUGCCAUAUCGUCGCUGACAUCAAUAACUCACUGAAUUUUUUUGGCGAAUCUGAUGUGCACCUUUUUCUGUUGUCAAUAAAGAGACAAAUUCUUUCAGCACAAAAAUGUAAAUGCGCCAGUUUGCAAAGUCAGCCACAAUAUGAGGCAAAUCUACACUAAUGUUCAAUUAUACAGAGUUAAUGACAACGUACCGAAUACUCAGAAGCAUGAUUCAACUUAUGAUUCUCAGUUAAUAUCAAGUGGAAUUCUCCAGUUGUCAGUACGGUGUCAAUAACACCAUGUAUUAAAAAAAAACUUGACGGUAGAUGGCGCUAUUUUCUAUUGUUGUUUAUAUUUUUUUCUAAAGCUUAAGCUACCUUUGGCAUUGACAUAGCUUUAGUUGGCUUAUUUAAAACUACUUAUACAUUUUAAAAGUUACUUUAAAAUUAAAAUAAAAUACUCCUCAUAAAGAAAAAAAGAAAGAAAGUAGACUAGUAAAGUGGCCACAUCGAAGCAAUUCGAAAGCAAAAUGCAAUAAAAAAGCAAUAAUGCAAUUUGACAUUUGCGCAUAUAAAUGUAAGUGCGCAAUGCAAUCAAAUGUCAAAUAGCAAUAUUGCUUUCUUAGAUGAAUUGCUUCGAUGUGGCCAUUUUAACCCCCCAGGGGGGGCUAAAAACGCCACGCCAACAAAAUAUUGAUUUUUUAGAUGAAUUGCUCCAAUAUGGCCUUUUUAAAGCUCCUGUAUAGAGUUAUUGAAUGAAUAAAGAAAGUAAAAUCUUGUAUUGGAGAAUACUCCACUACAUUUCUCUACUAAAGUGAGAUUUUUAUUACUUUAGGCCGUCACCAACUAUCGAUGAACUUAAGUUUAAAUGUGAUAUUGUAGUUAAUCUCAAUUUAAAUUAGUUUAGUAGAAAUUACUUAAACAUUGUUGUGAUUGAGUAUAAUUUAGAAUAAUUUAAUACCAAUGCAUUUAUGUUAUUUAUGUAGAUUAAGUAUAGUUUAGUAUGGAUUUUAAAAUGCGUCGGUGAUGGAAGGAUGAUUUAUAUUUCAUUGUGAUUUUUAAUUUAUAAAAAAGAAAGUUCUCACGGAAAACUGGACAUUAAAAUAAAUCUUGACUUUUUAUUAAGUAAACUUUUUUUUACUUUUUACAAACAUAUCAAACAUUUUUCCCACAUAGUCAAAAAGCCGGACAAUGUCCGGACCGAUGGCUAAAAUCCGGAUAUGUCCGAAAGAACCAAGACCGAUGGUGACCCUACUUAAUUUUCACUUGUUUUUUUUUAUGGUGAGAGCAAGUCCGUCCGGUCAAAAACUGUCCCCCCCCCCCCCUAAGUCAAUAGGUAUCGGAUGGAAUAAAACAUAAUUGACAAAAAAAAAUAUGUAUAUUAGGUAAAUGUAUAAAAAAAAUCCUUCCAACAUCAUGCAUAUUGGAAUCGUUAUGUUCCCGUUAAUGUAAUGUAACAGUAAGUAUGAUAAAUUAUCAACUUUUAUUAUUAAGUACUUUAUAUGAACGCAAAAUCUAUACAUAAAAAUAAAUCGUAAUAGAAUAUACAAACCAUAAUGUAUAAAAAAAUAUUAUUCAUGUUAAAAAAAAUUCUAUUCUGUUGUGUAUUAAAUAAUUUAAAAAUAAAUUGUGGGACGGGGCAUGAUGGAGAACGAUUAUAUUUUCUGUGAUAACUUGUUUAUUUUCAAGUUUUAUUAAUUUUAUAUAUACGACUUUAAAAAAACAACCAACCGUUCCCUGUCAGAAAGAAAAAGAAAGAAAGUAAAUAUUUAUUCGGCAAAAAAUACGUAAUUACAUAUUGUUAAAAAAAAAAUACGUAAUUACAUAUGGUAGUUAGUAAUUCACAAUAGAAUUAUAAAUAAUGCCGAAACGGCUGCAGCUCAGCCUAAAGUUCAGCAAAUGCCUAGCUGUAACCAGAUUAUGGCGCUGAUUUUCAGCAAUCCUCUCUUCUCAUUCGCUCUUUCUUUCACACAACUUAAUGUUCCGUUUCAUUCAGCCUACCAUUUACAUAUUCGGUCAUUCUGCUCAGUCUGUGUCCUCAGAUUGACACUAAAAACAGCUUUACAAUAUUAGUCUACCACAACUCAGUCAUUUGUCUUUUUUUAUAUAAUUUAUGUAGAUUUUGCGUUUAGGUAGACUUUAUUUUAAGUCGUUAUAUGUAUAAGAUUACGUUUUAUGUUUUCGAAUAUUGUGUUAUAGAAAUUGUUCCUAUAGAGUCGUAAGACCGAAUGUUCUUUUAAAAUCCAGACCCCAUUGUUUAAAUAUUAUGACUGGAAAUCUCGGCGUUACGAGGUUAUAGUAUCUAAAUUAAAUGUAGUUUUGAAAAUGUCACGUUGAUAUGUAUAAAAAUAACAAACAUACUUAGAUACACGAGCUCACGACUAUAUUACCGAUUAGGGUAGUCAGGGGUAAAGGGAUGUUAGGGAGCUCCGUAACCGUAACCGAAACUAUCGGAUAUUCGAUAUAAAAAUCAUCCGUAACCGUAUCCGAAAUAAAAAAAUCGGAUAAUAUCGGAUAGGGGCGGAGUCUAAUUGAGACACGUUAUGAUAAGUUGUUUUGAUCGGCUGGCUGCUGCCAGUGCCGACACACAAGCCGCGCGCAUUGUUUGUUUUUUUCUUCUUUUGUCGUCAUAAACGUAUUUGUAUUUUACUUUUGAAAUUCCUUAAGAAAAUAAUAUCCCUAACUGAAACCAACGGCUAAUCCGAAAUUAUGUAUGAUCCGUAUCCAUAACAGUACUUAUCCGAAAAUUCACAACAUCUCUGAGGGGUACAUCCAUCGCAAGAUGAACUAAGUACCCACAUCUCACCGAGCUUGGUGAGCCGCAUCGCCGUCUAUGAUGUAAAAAUAUAAUAACAUAAUAAUACGUCCCACAUCCGGAGCACGAAGCAUAUUUACCAAGAUAUGCUCUAUUCUGGAUUGGUGAAAAGGUUUCCGGAGAGACAGCCAGACCCGUUAACUGAGAAUCGAACGCAGGACUUCUGCUUUGGUGGUCUCUAGCUAUUAAACCCCAGAAGUCGUAUUUUCUCAUAGAAUUAUUUUAUAAAAUUGUUGAAUAUUAAAACUAGGGACACUGUUUAUCUUGUAUGCAUUUUUGAUGUACUUAAAAAGUCAAAUGAACCAUUUUUUUUAAAGAACACCAUUAUAGGCAGUGUCUCAGUAUUAUAGAUAUUAAGUUAUGUUUAAAUGUGUGAAGAUUUUUAUACGAAAAGAUUAAAAUAUAGAUUAUAAAAGCUGAAAAAAUAUAUUAAUAUUACAUUUCAUAUGAUUUA